ACAUAGUGGGCAUCUUAUUCCACCGCCAAGACAUGGUGCGCAUCUUAUUCCACCGCCAAGACAUAGUGGGCAUCUUAUUCCACCGCCAAGACAUAGUGGGCAUCUUAUUCCACCGCCAAGACAUAGUGGGCAUCUUAUUCCACCGCGAAGACAUAGUGGGCAUCUUAUUCCACCGCCAUGACAUAGUGGGCAUCUUAUUCCACCGCCAAGACAUAGUGCGCAUCUUAUUCCACCGCCAAGACAUAGUGGGCAUCUUAUUCCACCGCCAAGACAUGGUGCGCAUCUUAUUCCACCGCCAAGACAUGGUGCGCAUCUUAUUCCACCGCCAAGACAUGGUGGGCAUCUUGCCCAGACAGCCAUAGCCAGGAGCGCACUGGCAGCUGGACUGACAGACAGACACAGACAGACAACCAGCUAAAUGUGGCCAGGGCGGUCACCUGAUGAUUGCUCAAUCUUGACUCACGGUUCAGGAAUACACUAUAUUACACCUAAAGCAACAACAAGCAAUGUGAUUUAGAUUUGGUACAAACGCGAUUGAAGGAAGAUGACGGUGACCUACUCCAGUAAAGUCGCCAACGCCACGUUCUUCGGUUUCCAUAGACUUCUACUGCGAUGGAGAGGCAGCAUCUACAAACUGCUUUAUCGGGAGUUUAUAGUCUUUGUACUGUUAUAUACCUUGGUGAGCCUCGUUUACAGACUCGCUCUCUCAGACCCUGAAAAGCGUUUCUUUGAAAAGUUGGCUCUUCACUGUAACAAGUAUGCAGAACAGAUUCCAGUCACGUUUGUGCUUGGUUUCUACGUAACCCUGGUGGUCAACCGUUGGUGGAACCAGUUUGUGAAUCUGCCUUGGCCCGACCGCCUCAUGUUCCUGGUCUCCAGCUGUGUUCACGGCCACGACGAGCAGGGCCGCCUCCUCAGACGCACGCUGAUGCGCUACGUCAACCUCACCUCACUGCUCAUCUUCCGCUCUGUCAGCACCGCCGUCUGUAAGAGAUUCCCCACCAUGGAGCAUGUGGUGGAGGCAGGCUUCAUGACUCCAGAAGAGAGGAAGAUCUUUGAUGCUGUCAAGUCUCCCCACCUGAAGUACUGGAUCCCUGUGGUGUGGUUUUCUAACAUGGCGUCCAGGGCUCGGACGGAGGGGCGCAUCAAGGACAGCGUGGACCUGCAGACCAUCCUCAACGAGAUGAACACAUUCAGGACUUGGUGCUCUACUCUAUUUGGUUAUGACUGGGUUGGGAUUCCUCUCGUCUACACACAGGUAGUAACUCUAGCCGUCUACACCUUCAUCUUUGCCUGUAUUAUUGGUAGACAGUUCUUGGACCCAGCUCAGGGUUACCCAGGUCAUGACCAGGACUUUUACGUUCCCAUCUUCACUAUGCUACAGUUCUUCUUCUACUCUGGCUGGCUCAAGGUUGCUGAGCAGCUCAUUAAUCCAUUUGGGGAGGAUGAUGACGACUUCGAGGCUAACUGGUGUAUCGACAGAAAUCUGCAGGUGUCGUUGAUCGCGGUGGAUGAGAUGCACAUGAACUUCCCUCCGAUGACUAAAGACAUUUACUGGAACGACUCUGAGGCUCUGCCUCCCUACACCCUGGCUGCUGCCGACUACUGCAUACCCUCCUUCCUCGGAUCCACCAGAGAGUUGGAUCUAUCGGGCAUUUUCAGUUCGGAGAGGCGGACAUUCACAGACAGGACAGCCACAACAGCAAUCACAACUUCCGUCAUGGUCGUCAAACGUCAGUCCUGGGGCACACCUGACUCCCAUGACUACCCUGGAUCAGACGACCAGGCCUCCCCAGGACCUGAUCACUCUCUGUUCCCCAGACCCAACCUCUUUAACUCCCAUAACCCCCUCUCGACCAACCACCCUCUGGAUACGCUACGGGAGGUUAGCAGUACUCUUUCUUCCCUGGACACUGAGCCCCGUACGCCGUCCUUCACAGACCUGCCUCAGUGGGUGGUAAGUCCACCUGCUUCUUCUGAUGAUCAUGGGGAUAGUGGUUAUGGGGGUGAUGGAGGGACUUGUGGGGCGUUAUCUGGGGCUCCACAACCCCUGAAUCAUAUAGAGGCCUUCUCCCAACAGACAGGGCAUGAGCAGGCCUCAAGUAAGCCUGGGACUCCAGUAGAUCUGUCCCCCAAUGUGGAGGCUCCAGCCCUGAACACGAAUCAGGGCAACAGCUGUACCCAACCGAGGCCCAAGAAGUUGAGCUGGAACGUCCCCAAAGACUGGUGUAAGCCACAGAGACGUCAGCUGUCCUUCCAGUUCUCCAGACAGGGGUCAAAGAGCUCCCUGCACAGCCUGCCUAGUCCUCAAGGCCUAGGGAGGAGGAGAGGCCGAAACACUUCCACAGCCCUCCACUUUCCUGCUGAGCCUGCCCAGUUCCAAGCACUGCAAGUCCCCGAGACAGACAUUCUGGAGUCCAAUGGUCAUGAGAGUGACAAGAAGGACACCAAUGACAGCCAAGAGAACAAGGACAAGUCACAAUCGGAGAAGUCCUAA